UUGGGACGCAGCUCUGCUCCCUGCGGUGUGUGUGUGUGGGAGUGUGGGUGUGUGUGUGGGGGAGUAAUCCAUGGAGUAGGUCACACUCAGGAGUCCGGUCGAAGAAAUCUGGGGGAAAUUAAAAGUUUAACUGUUCUGCCAUGAGAGUGGAAGAGGACUUUGAACAUGGGGAAAACUGUGCGAAUCAGAUGCUGCUUAACCAGCUAAAGGAGAUCACUGGCAUUCAGGACCCUCAAGUUCUCCAGCGUGUCCUUAAUGAAAGCCAGGGCGAUAUUAGCCAUGCCAUUGGGCUCCUCACCAUGCAAACAGAAGAGCAAGAGCAAGUACCUAAAGAAGCUUCAGAGCAACACAGAGAAUCUUUGAACCAACACAACACUAACGAUGAACUGCAGGCUGCCAUUGAGCUCAGUCUUCAGGAGUCUCAGCAGGCCGAGGCAGAGGAGAGAGAGCUCCACAGGGCUCUUGAGGCCAGUGCUGAGGAGAAUGCUGUCCGUGUGAAGAGGAAGAGAAACGAGGCGUCAGGAGAGAUGUGCAGUCCGGCAGACUGGAUCAGACAGGAGGGUUGGCCUGUGGGUAUCCGCAAUGUGGGAAACACCUGCUGGUUCAGCGCCGUCAUCCAGUCUCUGUUCCAUCUGCCGGUGUUUCGCAGACUGGUGCUCAAUUACUGCCUAUCUGAGCGCGUGCUGGAGAAAUGCAAAAGCCACUCUGAGAGGAGAAACAUAGCGUUCAUGCAGGAGUUGCGAUGCCUCUUCGCCCUGAUGGUGGGCUCUAAUCGCAGGUUUGUGGAUCCCUCUGCAGCUGUGGAGCUGCUCAGGGACGCAUUUAGGACCAGCGAGGCACAGCAGGAUGUUAGUGAGUUCACACAUAAGCUGCUCGACUGGCUCGAGGACGCUUUCCAGCUGGCAGCUAAUAGCAGUGAUCUAGAAGAUAAACAGGACAACCCAAUGGUUCAGCUUUUCUACGGGAAGUUCGUUGCUCAGAGAGUUCAUGAGGGUAAAAUCCUGUCUACUAUCGAGCAGUUUGGGCAGUACCCUCUGCAGGUUAACGGGUUCAACAAUUUGGAUGAGUGCCUGGAGGGUGCAAUGGUAGCAGCAGAGAUCGAAUCAAUACACUCUGAUCAAACUGUGUCAUCUGGACAGGAGCGAUGGUUCUCGAAGCUGCCACCAGUGUUGACCUUUGAACUCUCUAGAUUUGAGUUCAAUCAGUCUUUAGGACGGCCAGAAAAAAUACACAAGAAGCUUGAGUUCCCCCAGAUUAUCUACAUGGACAGAUACCUUCACCAAAAUGUUGAACAUACACAUGGAAGAAGAGGGGAGGUGAAGAGGCUUAAGGACCAGUUAACAGUUCUUCAGCAAAAACUUGAAAGCUAUAAAAACUACGGAUCCGGGCCGAACAAGUACCCUCUGGCAGACAUGCUGCAGUAUGUUUUAGAGUUUGCCAGCUCAAAGCAGACAAACACAUGCAUGUCUGUCGCUUCAACUGGAACUGCCAGCGCUCCUGCACACACAGAACUCAGCUCAGAACACACCAGCCAAACAGAAGGAGAUGAUGCCUGCUCAUCAGAUGUUUCAGGCUGCACACAGAGCUCUACCCAGAGAACGCCCAUCCACAAGCCCUUUACCCAGUGUAGACCCCCCACUGACUGGCCUCAGCACCCAGCACCGGGCAGCGUGAGUGACGAGGAGCUGCAUUUUGUCAGGGGCUGCCUGCAGCGCUGGAGAACCGAAGCAGAGAACAACAUGAACGAGCUCAAGGCCAGCAUUGACAAGGUCAGCCAGGCUCUUGAGGGGAUGUACUCAGAUAACAGUCUGUGUCAGGUACCAUACAGGCUACAUGCAGUUCUUGUUCAUGAGGGACAGGCUUCUGCUGGACAUUACUGGGCCUACAUCUAUGAUCAUGCCCAUAAACGCUGGCUGAAGUACAAUGAUGUGAUGGUGACUGAGUCUUCAUGGGAGGAGCUGGUACGAGACUCUUAUGGAGGAAUGACCAACGCCAGUGCUUACUGUCUCAUGUACAUUCAUGACAGACUUCCACACCUCAUAUCAGAGGACACAGACAAUGAGACGGGUCAGCUUCUGCAAGGCAUGGAUUCCCUUCCUUCCAUACUGAAACGCUAUGUCCGUGAGGACAACCGGUGGUUCCAGCAGCAACUGAGGGAAUGGGAGGAGCAGUUCCAUCAGGCGUCUCAGAAUGAGCCACAGGUUCCCAUAGCACAGGCGUCCACCACUGAAGAGGAGAACCCUUCAGAACCAGUGCACCCAAAUCCAGAACCAAAACAGGAACCUGAAAAAGAACAUGAGAAACCAGAAGAACUGACCCUAGAGGCCGAUCAGGAGCCGGUUCAGAACUCAGACGAAGCCAAAACCAGCGUGGUAGAUCUUGAUUCAACACUGGACAGCAGUAAAGGGGAAAAGGAGGUUACUGCAGAUGCCACCUCUCUCAGUCUGACCCAAAGCCAGCUGGAUGAGUGUCAGCCAUCUCAGAAUGUGGUAUCUCAAAAGGAUGAGGAGACAGUGGAAGCAGAGUCUAAAGAAAUGAAUCAGACUGUAAGCAGUGAGCAAACAGAAGCAGAAUCAGACCAACAACCUGAGAGUGAGGAGGCUGAAGUACAGGCUGCAUCAGCAAAGGAAAGUCAAGCCGAGGCCACACAACCUGAAAACGAGGUGUCAGAGGUAGAGAUCCCUAAUGUGGGCAAGAUCCUGCUGCAGUCUGAUAUAGACGGAUAUAACGAAGAGAUGAUGCUUACUCCAGCUAUGCAAGGUGUUAUCCUAGCCAUCGCCAAAGCCAGACAUGUCUUUGACAAGGAUGGUCCUGAGGCAGGGCUUAUCAAGGCAUUUCAUGAGGAGUACUCCAGGCUGUUUGAGAUCUCUCAGGAGGAGGUCACCCCCCAGCAGGACCCUCGCCUCCAGCACAUGUUGGUCUAUCUCUUCCAGAACAAAGCACCUGAUCGCAUCAUUGAGAGAACUCUGCUGGAGCAAUUCGGUGAUCGAAACUUGAGCUUUGAUGAUAGGUCUAUCAGUAUCAUGAGGGAGGCCAGAGCCAAACUUCGUCUUAUCAGACCAGAAGACAUGGACAUGGAGGAGUACCUGCAAUGGCAUGACGACUACAGUAUGUUCAAGACCGUGUUUGCCUACCUGCUCACAGGCCUUGAGCAAUACCAAAAUGGAAAGAUUCGAGAGGCACUGAUUUAUCUUUCACAUGCUUACCAAGACAAUGCAGCUCUGCUUAGAAGUGGGGAAAAGAGAGGAGUGGACCAGAAUCUUAUAGCACUUUACAGGAGAAAAUGCCUGAAGGAGCUAAACGAAAAUGCUGCAACGCUGUUUAAAAGCGGAGAAGAGAGCGACGUGGAGGAGGGUGUGACCAUCAUGAACGACUGUGUCAUCCCCUGCAUGCACCUUAUGGUCCGAGACAGCGUCACGCAGGAAGACAUGGAUGCUAUUGAGGCGAUCAGGAGUCACUGGUGUUCUUAUCUGGGACAGGAUAUGGAUGAGUUGCAGCAGGAGAAGCUGAGCGAGUUCUUACCCAGGGUUCUGGACUGCUCAGCUGAAAGAGUGGUGCUGAAAGAACCACCCAAAGUGAGAAAGUCACCCCACGACCUGUGCAGCCGCCUGGCCGCCGUCAUGGAGUCCAUUCACAGCACAUCAGUCGUCGCGGUGAAGUGAGCACAUGCAGGGGAGGUGGCGUAUUAGUGACAUACUGGUUAUACGGCACCAGCCUUUGAAUGCUGAUGUAUAAUCAACCACUGGUUUUUAUUGUUGUUGCACUGCAUAUAGAGGUGUCCUUUUUUAUACAUAUUUUUAACUUGCAUUGGUCGACCCUGACACUUCAAUGCACAGUCUAGUAUUUGGAGAACUAUUGUUUGGUCAUGUCAUGCUCCUUUACCGUGUUUGAUCUCAGGAAAGAUCAAAUUUGAUUUUAUUUGGGAGGUAUUUGGAGAAAAGAUGCUUGAAACUUUUGGCUUUUUUACAAGUACUGUAGAACAACCUUUGGUGUGAAAUUAACCCUUAGUCACCAUAGUCGCAGUUUCAGGUUGCUGCUGGUUUUCCUUUCCUCUCUUUCUUCCCUCUGAGCCUGUGCCAACCCUCAAUAAACUCUUUCACUUUACUGUA